GGCUGGGGGUGUUCGCACAGCACCAAACAGUUCUGUAAACAUGAGCCUUUCCUCCCGCGUGGGGGCGCACAGCGCCCUCCAGACCCGCAGAGCUACACCUGCUAAGCCCACUGCCGGGCUCUGUUCCCCAAAGUCCCGGGCAAGCGGCUCCACUGUGGUAAGUCAUUCCAGGGCGAGCUCCGCAGAGCAAGCUUUGCCUUUUGCAGACGACGGGCUCCCGCCCAAGAAAAUUACGUGGCGCUUGUUUUCCUUUUUUAUUUUUCUUGAGGUUUACCCAAAAUAGUUGCUUCAAUCCGAUUGCCACGAGUCCUGCUCACCCCUUUGGGAGCAGAGCCUGUCCCUUACCCACGCUCGGCUCUGAACCCGGAUCUCCACCCGGGAGGACCGGCGGGAGGAGGCGGACCCUUGAGGAACAGACGGCCCCUCCUUGGAGGGGAGGGACCGACUUCCCAAGGCCUUGCUCUCCAGCAGUCCCAGCGCCAGGUCCCAGAACUUAGUCCUACGCCACGGUUCUGACCACGCGUGACCUGCUGCCCAGCCGGCCCGCGGUCCAGUGGUCCGUGUGUCCCUCGGACAUGUCGUCCUGCAGCCGCGUGGCGCUGGUGACCGGGGCUAACAAGGGCAUCGGCUUCGCCAUCACGCGUGAGCUGUGUCGGAAGUUCUCGGGGGACGUGGUGCUCACGGCGCGGGACGAGGCGCGGGGCCGGGCGGCCGUGCAGCAGCUGCAGGCGGAGGGCCUGAGCCCACGCUUCCACCCGCUGGACAUCGACGACCUGCAGAGCAUCCGCGCGCUGCGCGACUUUCUGCGCCGGGAGUACGGGGGACUCAACGUGCUGGUCAACAACGCGGGCAUCGCCUUUAGAAUGGAUGAUCCAACACCCUUCGACGUUCAAGCUGAGGUAACGCUGAAGACGAACUUUUUCGCUACUAGGAAUGUCUGUACUGAGCUGCUGCCCAUAAUGAAACCACAUGGUAGAGUGGUGAACGUCAGCAGUCUGCAGGGGUCAAGGGCUCUUGAAAACUGCAGCGAACAACUUCAGGAAAGGUUCCGCUGCGACACGCUUACGGAGGGAGACCUGGUCGACCUCAUGAAAAAGUUUGUGGAGGACACAAAAAAUGAAGUUCACGAGAGGGAAGGCUGGCCAGACUCCGCUUACGGCGUGUCCAAGCUGGGGGUUACAGUCCUCACGAGGAUCCUGGCCCGGCAGCUCGAGGAGAAGAGGAAGGCAGACAGGAUCCUGCUGAACGCCUGCUGCCCGGGGUGGGUGAAGACCGACAUGGCGGGGGCGCAGGGCUCCAGGACCGUGGAACAGGGCGCCGAAACCCCCGUCUACUUGGCCCUCCUGCCCCCUGACGCCACGGAGCCUCACGGGCAGCUAGUCCGCGACAAACUUGUGCAAACGUGGUGAGCAUCUGCUCUGGGCUUAAUGGUUUAACAGCUGUUAGAAUGGGGCAGGUGCAGCCCGGCUCUUGCCAGCUUUGAGGAGGAAGGUGUACUCCUUUCUGAGUGGUUCCGCGGGCCAGACCCGAACGGUUCGCUGUGUCCGAACGCUGGGCAUCUCGAACCUUCAUCCACUUAGUGUGUCUGCUUUGUUUUUCAGAUUAAAAAUAUUUUCGUUUUUA